AUUCUAAUAUCAAAUACUCUUUUUCUGUUUACGAACAGUAAACUAUAAAUAAAAUAAAAAUUUUAUUAAAUUAGAGUGUUGUGAUACAAUUAAUAUAAAUGAUGAAAUCGUCUAAAUCAUAAUAUUUUUAAUUUUAGCAUUCGUUUUACCAUUCUAUUUAGAAUUGUUAAUUGUUUCAUCACCAUGUCUUUGCUUACAUCUGAAUGGGUUCCAUAUAGAAAUGAAAAUUACUUCAGAAAACUUGAAAUAUAUCCCGAUAUGUAUUGGUGUAAUGAAAUAGAUAUCAAUACAUCUGUUGUAAUUGCAGCAUCGUGUGGAGGGCCAAUCAUUAUUAUUAGAGACCGAACAAAAUUGGUCUCUGUAAAAACAAGUGGUAAACCAAUCAUUUCUGUGUAUACAUCAUCUGGAAAAAUUAUUUCAUCUUUUGUAUGGAAUUCAGGCCAUUUAAUAAAUUUAGGAUGGUCAAAUAAUGAAGAAAUAUUAUGUUGUCAAGAUGAUGGUUUAGUUUUAAUUUAUGAUUUAUUUGGAAAUUAUCAGCAUACAUUUAGUAUGAUGAAGGAUCGAAAAGAUGUUAAAUUAUUAGAUGCAAGAAUUACAAGUAACUUUACAAGAACUAUAGUAGCAGUAUUAACUGAAACAUAUAAUAUUUAUGUAGUGAAUGAUAUUACAAAAGUAAAAGUUCAUAUUUUACCUGAAAUUCCCGAUUUUAAUAAUAUACCAAAUUUAUGGGAAAUAAUAUUACAAGAGAGACAAACAAGUGUAUUGAUUUCAACUCAACAUUCUUUGUAUUCUGUUUCACAUGCCGAGUGCAAACAACAAGUUAUUGGAUUUAAUGACACUGAUUAUAGUAAUGAUAUAAAUGUUAUAAAUGCAAUUAAAAAAAUGUGUAUUUCAUCUGAUCACAAACAUAUUGCUCUAUUAAAUAAUGAUAAUAGGAUUUGGAUUGGAUCUUCUGAUUUAAGAAAAGUGUAUAGAGUUUAUAAAAAACCUUUUACUAGUUCAAUUGAUCAGAUGGCAUGGUGUGGUUCGGAAGGUGUAGCAUUAUAUUUCAAAGCAGAAGAAGUAGUGAUUAUUGUUGGUAAAAUUGAUGACCAAGUGACUUUUAUUUAUACUGAUCCCAUUUGUUUGGUGUCAGAAAUUGAUUGCGUUAGAGUUAUAGGAGCAUUUACAAAUGAUUUGCUGCAAUUAGUACCUAAUUGUGUACAAGAUAUUUUUCGUAUUAAUAGUACUAGUCCUAGUUCUUAUUUAGUUGAAGCUUUCAAACAAUUUGAAAAGCGGAAUCAUCGAGCUAAUGAAUAUAUACAUUUAGUAAAUCAAAUGCUAGAAACUGCAGUAGAUCAAUGUAUCAAAGCUGCUGGACAUGAAAUUGAUCCUUCAACACAGAAAUUAUUGAUGAAAGCUGCUCAAUUUGGAAAAACAUUUCUGCAAAAUUUUAAUCCAGAUCAGUACCUAAGUAUGUGUAGAUUACUUAGGGUUCUAAAUGCUGUUCGUGAUCCAAAAAUUGGUAUUUCUAUAACAUAUCCUCAAUUGCAAAAAAUAUCUCUACAAACAUUAUUGAGUAAGCUUGUUGGACAACGACAUUACUACUUAGCUUUGCAAGCAUCUUCUUUUAUUCGUGUAUCUAGCAAUAUAGGAUCUAGUCAUAUUUUAACUCAAUGGGCUAAAUUUAAGGUGAAACAAACACAUGUAGAUAAAGAACAAUUAGCUAUUACAAUUGCUGAUAAACUUGGUAAAUAUUCUGGAGUAUCGUACCACAGUAUCGCAGAAAUGGCUGCAAAUAGUGGCAGAAUACAACUUGCUAUAAGACUUUUAGAUUAUGAAACACAAGUUAAUUUGCAAAUACCUUUACUGUUAAAAUACCAACAAGACAACAUUGCUUUGAAAAAAGCUAUAGAAAGUGGAAAUACUGAUCUUAUUUAUAUGGUCUUACUUCAUAUGCAAACUUCUAUGCCACUUGGAAAAUUUCAAAUGGAAAUAAAGAAAAGUUCAGUUGCUCAAGCUUUGUAUAUAAAAUACUGUCAUCAGCAUUCAGGUUAUUCACUUUUGGAUAUGUACACUCAAGAAGAUAAUCAUGAACAAUUAGCACUUUAUCAUGUCACAGAGUCAAUAAAAUCUAAUAACUCCAAAGAAAUGUCUGUAUCAAUUAAUGAAGCAAUUAAUUGUUAUAAAAGAACGCGUGAUGAAUUUUCAUUAACUACUUGUGAAAGUCAAUUAAAGUUAAUUAGAUAUCAAAGUAGUUUAGAAGAAAAAUUAAAAAAUAAUUUUCGUGAUUUAACAUUACACGACACUCUAGUAAAGUUACUAGAAAUCAAUGAAUUGAAACUUGCCGAUAAAUUACGUUCAGAAUUCAAAGUACCUGAAAGAAGAUAUUGGUGGGCACGAGUUACUGUAUUAGCUAAACAAGAAGAUUGGAACGAACUUGAUAAAUUAUCUAAAGUUAAAAAAUCUCCAAUUGGAUACGAGCCGUUCAUAGAUGUUUGUAUUGAACAUGGAAACAAAUAUGAAGCAUUAAAAUAUUUGCCAAAAAUAAGAGAUGAUCUUAAACAAAAUUAUACUACAAAAGUAACAUCAAUGCCUUAAACUAGUUCCUAAUAUAAUAAAUAUUUUUAGGUAAAUAGUAAAUAUUAUAUUCCAUGGAAAUUGUAAACCAUCAGACCUUACAUCCUACUAUUAAUUUUAUUAUUAUUCAAUUAAUCUUAACUG